UUAAAUGGAUUAUAGAUAUAAUUAUAAAUAAUUCAUGGUGGUUAAGUACAGAGCCUGUUUCAUGAAAACUGGAUAUUUGGAAGGGUAACGGGGUGUUGGAUUAAUGGUAUAAAAUCAGGGAAAGUGAACGAGUAAGUUAAUGUAUAUGAGAAACAAGGAAAAAGAAUAUACUGAGAGAGAGAGAGAGAGAGAGAGAGAGCGCAUGUGGGAGGGGAAGCUCGUGCGCCGGUGAGCAAAUCGAGUGUCAGACUCGUGGCAGAGGGGUCAGCGCGAGAGAAAGAACGACACGAACCGAACAUUUUCUGGACUUAGCGGGAACGUGAAAUAUCCGCGAAAGGAUGAACGACAUGGAAGCUUACGGAGACGGAUAUAUGGAGCCAGAAGAAGAAUGGGAGAGAGAAGGUCUUUUGGACCCGGCUUGGGAAAAACAGCAGAAAAAGAGGCUCAAGGCUCUCAAGUCUGACUCGAUUACAUAUGAUGCUAAACCGCAGCCCUUUGGAUUGUAUUUUCAGACUUUAUGAUAAAAAUAAUCGAGCGCUGAAUCACUUCAAAGCAUGGUAAUAAUUUCGUGGAUAUUUCUUGAUUUUUAAAGAAUCUUAUCCGAUAUCAUUGUUUCCGAUUGUAUGUACAAUUAUUACAGAAGGAUGCUUGACAAUUGGUUCUGCAAAUUAAACUGGAAUAGAAUUCGUUAUUGUUCUUAUGAAAUUAUGGUCAUUAAAUUUUAUUUUUUUGUCCCUAUUUUUU